GGCCCCUGUGGCACGCAGGCUGUUUCUCUGAGGGCAUUGGAAACGCGGCGCGAUGAGGAGCCGGAGUAACUCUGGAGUCCGACUGGAUGGCUACGCUCGCCUGGUGCAUCAGACCAUCCUGUGCCAUCAGAAUCCAGUGACUGGCUUGCUUCCAGCCAGCUAUGAUCAGAAAGAUGCCUGGGUCCGAGAUAAUGUGUACAGUAUCUUGGCUGUGUGGGGUUUGGGCCUGGCCUAUCGGAAGAAUGCAGACCGGGACGAGGAUAAGGCAAAGGCCUAUGAACUGGAGCAGAGCGUAGUGAAGCUGAUGAGGGGCCUGCUGCACUGCAUGAUCAGACAGGUGGAUAAAGUCGAAUCCUUCAAGUAUAGUCAGAGUACCAAGGAUAGCCUCCAUGCCAAGUACAAUACUAAAACCUGUGCCACUGUAGUGGGUGAUGACCAGUGGGGACACCUGCAGUUGGACGCUACCUCCGUGUACCUGCUCUUCUUAGCACAAAUGACUGCCUCAGGACUUCAUAUCGUCCACAGCCUAGAUGAAGUCAAUUUCAUACAAAACCUUGUGUUUUACAUUGAAGCUGCAUAUAAAACUGCUGAUUUUGGGAUAUGGGAACGUGGAGACAAAACCAACCAAGGGAUCUCAGAAUUGAAUGCCAGUUCAGUUGGCAUGGCAAAGGCAGCCCUGGAAGCCCUGGAUGAACUGGACCUGUUUGGUGUGAAAGGUGGGCCCCAAUCAGUUAUCCAUGUCCUGGCUGAUGAAGUGCAGCACUGCCAGUCUAUCCUUAAUUCAAUACUCCCCCGUGCUUCAACAUCCAAAGAGGUAGAUGCUAGUCUGCUUUCAGUUAUUUCCUUCCCAGCCUUUGCAGUAGAGGAUAGCCAGUUGGUAGAGCUCACAAAGCAAGAAAUCAUCACCAAGCUUCAGGGCCGUUAUGGUUGCUGUCGCUUUCUACGAGAUGGAUAUAAAACUCCUAAAGAGGAUCCCAGUCGCCUAUACUAUGAACCAUCUGAGCUGAAGUUAUUUGAAAACAUUGAGUGUGAAUGGCCACUGUUCUGGACGUACUUUAUCCUCGAUGGGGUCUUCAGUGGCAAUGCAGCACAGGUUCAAGAAUACAGAGAGGCUCUUGAAGCAGUCCUCAUCAAGGGCAAAAAUGGAGUCCCACUUCUGCCAGAGCUGUACAGUGUUCCUCCAGACAGGGUUGAUGAGGAAUAUCAAAAUCCUCACACUGUGGACCGGGUCCCCAAGGGCAAGUUGCCACAUAUGUGGGGUCAGUCUCUGUACAUCUUAGGAAGCUUGAUGGCAGAGGGAUUUUUAGCUCCUGGAGAAAUUGAUCCCCUAAAUCGAAGGUUUUCUACGGUACCAAAGCCAGAUGUUGUAGUUCAAGUUUCCAUUCUAGCCGAGACAGAAGAAAUCAAGGCCAUUUUGAAGGACAAGGGGAUUGAUGUGGAGACCAUUGCUGAGGUAUACCCUAUCAGAGUACAACCAGCCCGUAUUCUCAGCCACAUUUAUUCCAGCCUAGGAUGCAACAGUAGAAUGAAACUCAGUGGACGACCAUACAGGCAUAUGGGAGUCCUUGGAACUUCAAAACUCUAUGACAUUCGGAAAACUAUCUUCACCUUUACUCCACAGUUUAUAGACCAGCAACAGUUCUACCUGGCUCUGGACAACAAGAUGAUAGUAGAAAUGCUUAGAACAGAUCUCUCCUACCUCUGUAGCCGCUGGAGGAUGACAGGCCAACCCACCAUCACCUUCCCCGUCUCACAUACCAUGCUUGAUGAAGAUGGAACCAGCUUGAAUUCAAGUAUCCUAGCGGCACUCCGAAAAAUGCAAGAUGGCUACUUUGGUGGAGCAAGAAUUCAAACAGGUAAAUUGUCAGAGUUUUUAACAACAUCUUGCUGCACACAUUUGAGCUUCAUGGAUCCUGGACCCGAGGGUAAGCUGUACAGUGAAGAUUAUGAUGAUAACUACAAUGAGCUGGACUCUGGCGACUGGAUGAAUGACUAUGAUUCACCCCAUAAUGCUCGCUGUGGUGAUGAAGUUGCUCGUUAUUUAGAUCACCUUUUGGCGCACACUGCUCCCCAUGCUAAAGUAGCCCCUACCUCACAGAAGGGAGGGCUAGAUCUGUUCCGAGCUGCUGUGCAAACAACCUGCGAUUUAAUGUCCUUGGUGACCAAGGCCAAGGAGCUGCAUGUACAGAAUGUUCACAUGUAUCUUCCUACAAAGAUAUUUCAGGCCUCCCGUCCUUCAUUCAACUUACUUGACUUGCCUCAUUGCCCACGAGAGGACCAGGUUCCCUCUGUUCGUGUAGAAAUGCAUCUUCCCAGAGACCAGUCCGGGGAGGUGGACUUCAAGGCACUGGUUUUACAGUUGAAGGAGACCUCCAGCUUACAGGAACAAGCUGAUAUCCUUUACAUGUUGUAUACUCUGAAAGGACCUGACUGGGACCCUGAAUUAUAUGAUGAAGGGGCUACGACAGUCCGAGAGCUGCUUACUGAGCUCUAUGUCAGAGUUGGAGAAAUCCGUCACUGGGGCCUGACCCGACACAUCUCUGGAAUCUUAAGGAAAAAGGUGGAAGCACUUGAUGAGGCCUGCACAGCCCUUCUCUCCCACCAGAAGCAUUUGACAGUAGGACUCCCUCCAGAACCUCGAGAGAAGACCAUCUCUGCACCUCUGCCCUAUGAAGUGCUCACUCAGCUGAUAGAUGAAGCCAGUGAAGGGGACAUGAGCAUCUCGAUCCUUACACAGGAAAUAAUGGUAUAUCUAGCCAUGUAUAUGAGAACUCAGCCUAGCCUCUUUGCCGAAAUGUUUCGACUUCGAAUUGGUCUAAUCAUACAAGUUAUGGCUACAGAACUGGCCCACUCCCUCCGAUGCUCAGCUGAAGAAGCCACAGACAGCCUCAUGAAUCUCAGUCCUUCGGCCAUGAAGAACCUCCUGCAUCACAUUCUCAGUGGCAAGGAGUUUGGAGUGGAACGAAGUGUUCGUCCCACUGAUUCAAAUGUUAGCCCUGCUAUCUCUAUCCACGAGAUUGGUGCUGUUGGGGCAACCAAAACAGAACGAACUGGGAUAAUGCAGUUAAAAAGUGAGAUAAAGCAGGUGGAAUUUCGUAGACUAUCUGUCUCAACUGAGAGUCAGUCCAAUGGUGGUCAUCCCUUGGGUAUAGAUUUGAUGUCAUCGUCUUUUCUGUCACCUGGAACACCUGUGGCUUCAAGUAGUGGGUCUUUUCCUAGUGCAUUUGGUCAACAGACAUCUAAAGAUAGUCGUCAAGGUCAGUGGCAACGUCGAAGAAGGCUAGAUGGAGCACUGAACAGAGUGCCAGUUGGAUUUUAUCAAAAAGUAUGGAAAGUUUUACAGAAGUGUCACGGACUCUCUGUGGAAGGUUUUGUGCUUCCUUCUUCAACCACUAGAGAGAUGACUCCAGGCGAGAUUAAAUUCUCUGUUCAUGUGGAGUCGGUUUUGAAUCGUGUACCUCAGCCCGAGUACCGCCAGCUUCUGGUUGAAGCUAUCCUUGUCCUCACCAUGAUGGCAGAUAUUGAAAUUCAUAGCAUAGGAAGCAUCAUUGCCGUGGAAAAAAUAGUACAUAUUGCUAAUGACUUGUUCCUUCAAGAACAGAAGACCCUCGGUGCAGAUGACACCAUGUUGGCCAAGGAUCCUGCGUCUGGCAUCUGUACUCUUCUGUAUGACAGUGCACCCAGUGGCAGGUUUGGCACCAUGACCUACCUCUCCAAGGCAGCUGCCACCUACGUGCAGGAGUUCCUGCCCCACAGCAUCUGCGCCAUGCAGUGAGGCCUUUGGGCCCUUGCUGCUGGGAGCCUUUUGACAGCUGGUUCCUGCCUCCAUUGAUCGUGCAUGAGACUGAAGCAUGUUGGCCUGAUCACUCCUCCCCUGCCCUUUUCCAUUCCAUCCCACCCAAGAAGAGCAGAAAGUUCCGAUAAACUAAUUGCUUUAGAAGUGAACCAUAGCCUGAGGGAAUACGCUGC